AUGUGUGGAAGGUUUGCGCUUAUGUAUGACUCAUGGGAGGUCGCUGAGCAGAUACAACGAGGGUUUAAUCUUGAGAUUAACCCAGUAGUAAGCACCUCUCGAGAGGACAAUACUGAUACGCAUUACAAUGCCUCAUUCAAUGUCUCUCCUACAAAUAUGUCGGCAGUUUAUAAAAACAAGGAUAAAGGUGAGUUGCGUUACAUGAAGUGGGGUCUCGUUCCACACUGGACUAAAGAUUUGAAAAGCUUUAAAAGUUACAGCACCUUCAAUGCUAGGUUAGAAACGCUACAGGAGAGCAGGCUUUGGAUUCAUCCUUGCAAGUCUAACAGAUGUGCGGUUCCAAUUAGCGGUUACUACGAAUGGAAAACUAGUGGAACCAAAAAAGGUGGUUCUAAGACGAAUAUUCAUAAGACUCCUUACUAUGUCACUAGAUCAGAUGGGAAAUUAAUGUUUCUGGCUGGUAUGUACGACUAUGUACCAGCAGAAGAUUUUUAUUCUUUUACCAUAAUCACGGCGCCGGCGCCUAAAAAUCUGAAAUGGCUACAUGAACGUAUGCCAGUAGUAAUUGAACCGGGCACUAGAGAAUGGGAUUCAUGGAUGGAUCCUGAGAAAAAAGAUUGGUCACAAAAAGAGCUCAAUGAAAUAUUAGAGCCCAGAUAUGAUGAAGAUCAUAUGAUCUCCUAUCAAGUCAGUCCAGAAGUUGGAAAAACUACUAAUAACGGAGAAAAUCUAAUCAAGCCUAUAUUGAAAGCUGAUAAAAAUAAGUUCGAAAAACUGAUUAAGAAAGAGCUUGAUGAAACAAAGGUGCAUGAUUCUAUAAAGAAUGAACACGACCAAGGUAAAUUGAAAACAGAAUCUAAUAAUACUAUUAAAAGAGAAAAUGAAAGUUCAGUUAAAACUGAAAACGAUAAUGAUAAGUUAUAUAGGGGAAAUAAUAAAGGAUAUAAACCUAAAACCAAAGACGAUAGUCUUGUGAAGAAGGAAUCGAAAGAAGGAAAUGCCAAGAAAAAAAGAAAUAUAACAGAUAUGCUUCGUUCUUCCUCCAAACAAAGCCCGAAAAAGCAAAAGCGAUGA